GGAAGUUGGCAGGAACACUGGUAUAAAAUGGCAUGAACUGAAGCAGAAAUCCUCAAUAUAAAGGAGUCCUGUAGACAGGCAAUGAAGGAGAAACUUUCUCUCAGUAUGAUAACAACAAUGGGUUCAGUGAAGUCAGCUGGAGUGUCUCUUCUUCUGUUGUCUUUUCUUCUAUACGUAGCUGAUUCUUACCCCAACAUCGAUCUGGCAAAUAUCGGCUGUGAGGAAUGCACACUCAGAAAGAACACUGUUUUCUCAAGGGAUCGUCCGGUUUACCAGUGCAUGGGCUGUUGCUUCUCCAGAGCGUACCCAACACCUCUCAAGGCCAUGAAGACAAUGCCGAUCCCAAAGAACAUCACCUCAGAGGCAACAUGCUGUGUUGCUAAGCACAGCUAUGAGACAGAGGUGGCCGGCAUAAGGGUGAGAAACCAUACAGACUGCCACUGCAGCACCUGCUAUUUUCAUAAGAUAUGACAGAUGGGAACUGCAGACCAGUUUGUAGCCCCCAGCUUGCCAACCAGCUGUGUUUCUUUUAAUAUGCAAAAGCUAUUCUCUGUUUUAAAAUGUAGCCUAUGUUCUUAUGUUGCCAGAUAAUAUUUUUGUAGCAAUUCCUACAGUGUUUCCUUGAUAAAUGUGUAAGAGUAACUGUAGAUUGAAAAGCAAUUAAAAUGUGCAUCAAGA